AUUUGGCAAGCAUAUGCUGUUGUCUGCUGCUAAAGCAGAAAGUGCUCAAGCAAGUUCCUGUAAUAAGGCUAUGAGACGUUCACUCAGUGAACAUGUUGUAAGAACAUCAGGAUCGCCACCAAACAAUCGCAUUCGUGAUCAGAUGAUGAAGGAGAAACUAAUCAAUGAACAGAUGAGGACGAAUGGUUCCAUCUCUAGUUUGAGAACACAGUCAUUCAUCUUACCCAGAGUACUACACGUUAUUCCUGAACAACCUGAGGAAGAAGUUGUAGAUCCAGAAACCUACUCAUAUUCAGAUAUCAACGUGUAUUUUUGAUCAGUAGAAGGAACAUUGGCAUUACGUCUC